UCCCUCUUCUCAUUACCUAACACGGAUGCCUCCACUUUUCCUUCUCUCUCCCUUUCUCUCUCUAUAAUUAUUUCCAAUUGUCAAUCCUAUUAUUGUGAUUAAUAUUAUUAUUAUUCAUCACCAGAAUUGCAAAAUUUGUCCUGAUUCAUCGUCGCCGGCACCGCCAAUUCCCAGCAUUCUUAUGUACCUGUAUUGUCUCUGCAACCACACUCCUUUUCUUGUUGUUUUCUGGGGAACUGUUUCGAAAAAAAUCUUAUCAGAUUUAGGGUUUUGGUUUUGAUUUUGAGGGAGAGAGAGAGAGAGAGAUCUGCUGAUGAAAAUGGUGUAUGGAAAGUGGGCAUUCAUGAUCUGGGUUUUGAAAGGCUCCUUCUGUUAGAACAAAAAAAAAAAAAGAAAAGAUUUCUCGACAUAGUGUUAGUUAAUUCCAUGGCUUCUGAUCUUAACGCCCAGCUCAGUAAGAACGUAGGAUUGGGGCUCAAAGUGUGGGAACUUGUCGGAAUUUUUGUGGGAUUAUUGAUUGUGGUUAUCCUCUUUGUCUUGACAUUUUAUCUCAUUUCACAAAAGAAAUUGAGGAAAAGGGCUCAAGAAAGAAAGCUUCCCCUAACACAAAUCCCAGCAAUUUCCAAAGAAAUUAAGGAAGUAAGCAUAGAUCAUGUCUCCGCCGCCGCCGGCGGCCGGUUUGACGAUAAGAAUCUUACUGGCGGCAUUCAUGAUGAGAAAGAAUCAGACAAUGUGAAAAAUGGCGACAAUGCCGGCAGCCAAUCGGAUUCAUUCAAUCGAAUUAUCGAAAAAGACUAUUGUGGAUCGCAGUCGGGAGAUGAGGGAAGCUCCGGGACGUUUGUUCCAUCUUCGUCGCAUCCGAUUACUCACCCUUCGCCAUUGUGUGGGCUGCCGGAGUUUUCACAGUUGGGUUGGGGACAUUGGUUUACCUUAAGAGACCUCGAGCUUGCAACAAAAAGAUUCUCGAAGGAUAAUGUUCUUGGAGAGGGUGGAUAUGGAGUUGUGUAUCGAGGACAGCUUAUUAACGGCACUCCCGUGGCUGUUAAAAAGCUCCUCAAUAACUUAGGUCAAGCGGAGAAGGAGUUUAGAGUGGAGGUUGACGCCAUUGGACACGUUCGUCAUAAAAAUUUGGUUCGGCUUUUGGGGUAUUGCGUCGAAGGAACUCAUAGGAUGUUGGUCUACGAGUAUGUUAACAACGGUAAUUUAGAACAGUGGCUUCACGGGGCGAUGCGACACCACGGUUUUCUUACAUGGGAGGCCAGGAUGAAAGUUCUUCUCAGCACGGCUAAAGCUCUUGCCUACCUGCACGAAGCAAUUGAACCGAAAGUGGUGCAUCGGGACAUAAAGUCGAGUAACAUUCUCAUCGACAAUGACUUCAACGCUAAGGUCUCUGAUUUUGGUCUCGCGAAGAUGCUCGGCGCGGGGAAAAGUUGCAUAGCGACCCGGGUCAUGGGAACGUUCGGGUACGUAGCUCCUGAAUACGCCAACACCGGUCUUUUAAACGAAAAAAGCGACGUUUACAGCUUCGGGGUUUUACUACUAGAAGCGAUCACCGGAAGGGAUCCGGUGGACUAUGGACGCCCUCCGGCAGAGGUUAAUCUCGUAGAUUGGCUGAAAAUGAUGGUCGGAAGUAGGCGAUCGGAGGAGGUUGUGGAUCCAAACAUCGACACAAAGCCAUCGACAAGAGCGCUCAAAAGGGCUCUCUUGACUGCCUUGAGAUGUGUCGAUCCGGAUUCUGACAAGAGGCCGAGGAUGAGCCAGGUUGUUCGAAUGCUGGAAUCAGAGGAGUACCCCAUACCAAGAGAGGAUCGAAGGAACAGAAAGACCCGAGCGAGUGGCGUCGAAGCACAGUCCCAUCCAGACAACUACGACACUGAUAAAAGCGACAACCAAGAUCCAAGGUCGGAAAGCAUCAGGAAAAACCGAGAAUAAUCGAAUACGCCGUGUGAUCUCAAAUUCGUCGCGCUAUGUAGGAGUAACGACUGCGCAUGGUAUCGAUGUGUCACUAUUUUUGAAAUGAUUUUUUUUACUAAAACGAUUUCUCGCGACUCUUCACCUUUCUUGUUUUCGUGAUUCUUGUAUGAUGGUUUUAUAUAGAUGGAUCGUUGUGUAAUGAAAAAUGUGGUCUGCUGUGAACAACGUAAGACAAAUAGGGUGCAUUUGUAUAGAUAUAUAUACUGUUGCAUUUCUAUUACAAGUA